ACCUCCCUCUCUACUGUCAAACCCAUACCACCACCGAUCUCUCUCUUGCACCCAUACUUUUACUUUUUGUACAGCAACAAUAUUUCCCUCACCAUACUUCUGCUAUAACAUCCUUACCACUUUGCUUCUCAAUCUCUAAUGUCAAUCACCCAAUUUCAUCAUUUUCACCUAUGUAUUCUUGUUGUAGCUUUUGAGUGAAAUUGAAGAAAUAGGUUGAAAGUCAUUGAUAUAGGAACGGAAAGCCUAAAGUCUAGCAGCAUGGUUUGAAGGCAGUGAAGUGUAUUUCAGUUGUAUUUGGUACCCGCGGGGCUGAAAUACAAAUCAAGGAAAGGAAAGAUAAAGGAGCAGCAGAACCUGUUUAUCGUGCCUAAUCCCAGUUUUACACUGGCGGUAUUGUAUUCUCGAACUCGAAGUUUGCCCUAAAUAUUUUCCGUGACUACUGAAUAAUGCUCACUGAUGUUUGUCAACCAUGAUAUCCACAAGCAUAAUCCCGUGACAUCUGAGUGACAAUUUUUACCUGCUGAGAUUGUCAUCUCCCUGUGUAUGCAUCUCUCAAUCUCUGAACUGCUGAUAACUGUAUGAAUGCUUGCUGACCUAAUAAUUCACGUAGCUUUAUCCACCCUGCAACAUAUGGUAUCUGUGUGCAUGUUCCUGCGCUAGUUGAGUAACAUAUUUGUUCAUGAUUAUGUGGCUUGUGAAUAACAUCCUUGCUCGCUGAAACUGUCAUUUCACUUUGUGUCCGUGUGCAUACACCUCAGUGAAUCUGUUUGUCAUUCAUGUGAUAUUUGGUCUGUCUUAUGAACUUGUUGUAAUUCUGGGUGUUAUAACAUGUUGACUGAUAUGUUGUCUGGGAUACGAUUGUGUCUUUUACAUACCAAACAAAUCGAUUAGUUAGAAUUCGUCAAAAAGACAUAAUUGAAAUACCCGUUUCUGCCGUAGAUAGACCUGACCAACCUGAGACAAUGGGUGAAGAGUUAAAUCAACCCCGUAGUCUCAAGGAUUCCAUGUACCCGACAAGGGAAAGCCAUCCCUCUUGCAUUAUUUUACCAGAUGCUGCUGGUCAGUUUGAAUUGAAAGCGAGCACGAUACAUAUGCUCCCUGUGUUUCGAGGGGUUGAUGCUGAAAACCUCUAUCACCAUGUGAGAGAGUUUGAAGAGAUUUGUGGGACUCUGCGUUUCACUCAAUGCCGGAAGAGUCCCUGAAAUUGAGACUAUUUCCUUUCUCUUUAAAGAAAAAGGCCAAGUCUUGGCUAUAUGCCCUGCAGCCAUAGUCAAUUAGGACAUGGGAUGAUCUUACGAAAGAAUUUUUCAAAAAGUUCUUUCCAAAUCACAAGACUGCGACCAUUCGUCAAAGUCUGAAUAGCUUUGUGCAAUUAGAGGGUGAGACCUUAGCUAAAUACCUGGAGAGAUUUAAUGAAUUAUUGUUUCAGUGUCCUCACCAUGGUUUUGAAAAAUGGAGACUAGUGCAAAUUUUGUAUGAAGGUCUAGAUGUUGCCACCCGAACAACAAUUGAGUCAAUGUGCAACAGUUUAUUUAUUGACAAAAGUGCUGAUGAGUCUUGGACUUUCCUAAUCGAAGUUGCUGAAAAGACUCAGCAGUGAGAGUCCAUUCGUGAACCUAGGAAGACUGCCCCUGUAGCUAAUGUUGAUAGAGUUGAGUCUGACUUUGAGGGAAAUGCGAAAAUCGCAUUGUUGGCAAGGAGAGUAGAAGCGCUAGAGCUGCAGAAGAAUGUGAAACCUUCUGCCACUACUCUCCGUGACCAUGUCGAAAUGUCUAUUUGUGGUGCUUGUAAUAAAUUUGACCACCUAGUGGAUAAUUGUCCAGAAAUACUUGCAUUCUAGGAAUCUAGACUUGAACAGGCCCAUGUUCUGUAUCAAAAGAAAGAACAUAACCCUUAUUCACAUAACUACAACCCAGGGGGAAGAACCACCCUAAAUUUUCAUGGUCUAAGGGCCCUGUACAAGGGGGUACAUCAGGAAACACACAAGAGUAUCCACACCCUAUAAACCCUCAUAUGCACUCGUACAUACAAUACCCUGCUGAGAAAAAAAUGUCUAGCAUUGAAGAGAGUGUUGGUCUAUUGACAAAAAUCUUUUGCAACUUCAGAAGUCGACUGACCAACGUUUUACAAGUCUAGAACUUAAGAUGGGUCAAAUUUGCGAUGCACUUAAUGAGAGGGAAAAGGGUAAACUCCCAAGUCAGCCUCAACAAAUCCUAAGAGUGCAUUUCAGGCAGGUACAUCAACUUGCAAUGAGUCUUCGCACGAUCAAGUGCACUCUGUCACUACUCUUCGUAGUGGUAAAGUUGUUGAUAACAACGUAGGCGUACCACAGACCAGUGAGUCUAAGUCAGACUCAUCAUUGCAUACAACGCCAUAAAAAACAUCCAUUGUAGAAAAUGAAUUGGAGCAUGUUUGUAAAUCUAAAAAUUCUACUGAUGAUAAUGUUUCUUUGCCAUCUAAUGUGCCUGUUGCUCCAUUUCCUCAAAGGUUGAUGCAACAGAAGAAAGGCACCCAUUACAAUGAGAUGUUAGAGAUGUUCAAAAGAGUCAACAUCAACAUCCCAUUUCUUGAGGCAAUUAAGCAAAUCCCUGCAUAUGCCAAAUUCCUCAAGGAUUUGUGUACACAAAAGCGAAAGCUUAAUGUGCACAAACGUACCUUUCUAGCUGAGCAGGUGAGUUCCAUCAUUCAAAAUAAGACUCCACCUAAGUUUAGAGACCCAGGUUUUCCAACAAUAUCUUGUACUAUAGGCGACCAUACUGUCGAUAAGGCUUUGCUAGACUUAGGAGCAAGUGUAAACCGAUUUCCGUAUUUAGUAUAUGUGCAAUUAGGUCUUGGAGAUUUGAAACCAACACCUAUAACUCUGCAAUUGGCGGACAGAUCCGUCAAAGUUCCUCGUGGUGUGGUUGAGGACGUUUUAAUCAAGGUUGAUAAACUUUAUUUUCCCGCGGACUUCAUUGUUUUAGAUACUCAACCCGUGCAAAACCCUGACUGCCACAUUCCUGUCAUUUUAGGACGUCCCUUCUUGGCGACGUCCAAUGCAAUUAUCAAUUGUCGUCAUGGAGUGUUGAAAUUGUCGUUUGGUAACAUGACUGUGGAAUUGAAUGUGUUUAAUGUUAGUCAACAACCUAUGGAUCUUAAAGAUAAUGAUGUGCAUGAAAUUAAUAUGAUUGAAAGUUUGAUUCAAGAUUCAUUGUCUAACACUUUAUCGGUUGAUCCUUUGCUAGCAUGUAUGGAAAAUUUUAACUUGGAUCUGUAUGAUGCUGAAUACAUUAGUGAAGUCCACUCUUUGCUCGAAUCUGUGCCUCAUAUGGACGUCACUAAAUGGCAGACUAAAGUGGAACCACUCCCACUUUCUGAUUUUAAGUCUGUUCCUUCCCUUGAUUGACACAUUUUUGUGUCUAAAUUGUCCUCAAUUUUCUGUAAUGUUGGUACUCGAUUUUGUACUUGUUAUGGUGUUUUGUGUGUUUGUAAGUAUUUUCGAGAAAUAAAUAUUUUUGGAAAAAUCGUCUCGAAAAAUUAUGCGGAGCACCCUCAGUGGACAUUCGUUAUGCGGACUCUCACUUUGGUUAAGGGGCACCUCAAUUACUAUUUACAACCCAGGGGCGCCAACUGCUAUCGCACCCCCAUCUCUGUUAGGGGGAGGUCGUCCCCUUCGUUUGAAUUUCCAGUUUCGCGGGGAAACUGUGUUAAUCAGUGGCAGAAGUUAGGGUUCGCGUUUUGGGCAGGAUAGAAAGAGACUCAAUGGCCGAGAUUGAUUGGGAGGACUUGAUUGAGCGUAACAGGCAUGGUAUAGUCAUUUGAUUCAGUUAGAGUUGGCUAGAUCGAUGAUUUGAAGAAAACAUGGGAGGAUUAUUCUCGGUUUUCUUCUGUUUUUUUUUGGACGGGAUUUACUCGAGUUUGCACGUGCAGAAGGUUUGAUAACACCCUUUUUUAUCGAAACAGGCUUGGUACUCGGGUUUAUAUGGAAAAGGAAGGAAUUUACCAUAAUUAUUCUCUUAAAACUGAAAACAUAGGUUCUCGGGUGGAGUUUGGUUUAUAUUUCGUAUUUGCAAGGAUAGGAGAAUAUAUCCCGUGAGUAUACGGUCCCACAAAGUCAAUAGAUAGUUUCGGGACAACUCAGAUGCCGCAUAGGAGGAAAAGAAGGAGUUUUCAGCUGAGUUUCAAUAAAUCAUGGAAGAAAUAUAUUCUCGGCUUUAUUUAUGGGAAGUGUUUGAAGAUUGCGCGUGUUUGAAGUGUGUUGGGAUCUUUCUGGUCUUGUUAUGAGCGAUAUUGGAGUGUGUUUGGAUGCAACAAAAGCGUGUAGGAGUUAAACAGGGAAAGAACUCGGUAAUAUGCAGAGGGAAGUAAAGAGAAGAUAUUCGCAUUAACUCGAGAUAUUUUGAGGUCCCGUGGCAUAUAAAUAGGCUGAUAGUGAUUCAUAGAAGGGGAUGGAGAGUUAGGGGAGAAAAAUAGCGCGAGAAAUCAGGUGCAAUGAGCUUGUUCUUCAUCAAUAAAGAAGAGAGGAAGAAGACGCACAUACAACACUUGUAGUCUGUCGUUGUUUUAUUAUCUUCAUCUCUCUACGACCGUUGUUCUGCAACAGUUGUGCGUUAUCGUUUUCUUUGUAACAACGUUGUAUUUGUAACAUGAGGUUCUGUAACGCCCAUUCACCGUUGCAAAUCUCUGUUUUAUUAUUUUUCUUCCUUGUAAGCACCUUUUUGAGCAAUGAAGUCAUACU